AUGGCGGAAACUGGGGACUUGGACUUGGAACAGCUCUCCGCAAGUGAGCAAGAGGCUUUGCAGCAAUACACCCAGGUAACAAAUCAGGAGCUCAAGGAUGCGAUACCUCUGCUCCAGCGAUCGCAAUGGAACGUCCAAAUUGCCAUCGCCAAGUUCUUUGACGGUGAAGGCCCCGACCCCGUCGCAGAAGCCAUGGCGCAGGACAUACCCAGGACAGCAGCGCGACAUGAGAAUCUGCAGGAAAGCCUCCUGGCCUCUUCAGGUCGCCCGCAGCCGACCCGAAGAGACCGGCCGGACCCCGCCCCGCGAAUCGUCCCCCAGCCGAACACAGUCCGACGGCCGCCGUUCCUCAUCGGGUUAUUGCUGGCGCCUUUCAGCAUCGGCUACAGCAUCGUGUCCAAGGUGUUCCGUACCGUCUUCUACCUGCUCAACUUUCUGCCGCAGCAACUCCGGCCGCGGGCCAUUACUGCCGCAGCCGGCAAUGGUCUGGGAAGCACCAACGGGCGUCGAAUGCUCAUGCCACGCGAUACCGCCGCACGGUUUAAGCGUGAGUUUGAAGAGGAGUAUGGAAACACAGAGCUUCCAUGGUUUGAAGGAGGAAUUGCGCAAGCCCAAGACUUGGCCAAGAAAGACCUCAAGUUUCUUUUAGUCGUGCUCAUGUCGCCCGAGCACGACGAUACGGAUUCUUUUGUACGAGAUACUCUUCUGGCUCCGGACGUGGUCACCUUCAUUAAUGAUCCCGCCAACAACAUCAUUCUUUGGGGCGGCAACAUUCUUGACUCGGAGGCCUACCAAGUUGCUCAAGAGUACAACUGCACAAAAUACCCUUUCUCCGCCAUUGUCUGUCUUACCCCUAAGGAAGGAAGCACCAGAAUGAGCAUCAUCAAGCGUCUAGCUGGACCUAUGCCUGCGUCAACAUAUCUGGCGGAAGCGCAGACUGCCAUUAAUAAGUAUGCGCCCGACUUGGCAGGCGUUCGGGCAGAGAGGACAGCACAGGAAGUAGCGCGAACUCUCAGAAACGAGCAAGAUUCGGCAUACGAACGCUCUUUAGCCAAGGACAGGGAAAGAGCGCAACAACGGCGCGAGGCAGAGAAGGCCGCUGCAGAGGCGGCGCGUAGAGCUGAAGAGGAGGCAGCGGCAGCGGCGAAGCGGGAGGAACAGCGUGAACAAUGGAAACGUUGGCGGGCGACAACCAUCGAUGAAGAGCCACCAGCCGGCAGCAAGGAGAUUGUGCGCAUCGCCCUGAAGAUGCCCGAGUCGUCUGGGGCCGGCAGGCUGGUGCGUCGAUUCCGGAGCGACACAACCAUGGAGGCAUUGUACGCGUUCGUCGAGUGUUACGAUGUCAUGGCGGCAGCAGAAGAUUCGGAGAAGGCUGCACUCCAGCCUGAGGACUACGAGCAUGAGUUCCAGUUCCGCAUCGCGUCAGUCAUGCCGCGCGUUGUGUACGAGCCCAGUAAGGAGGAGACUAUUGGUCAGAAAAUUGGGCGCUCAGGAAACUUGAUUGUGGAGGAGGUAUCACCAGAUGGCGAGUCAGAUGAUGGCGAAGGUUACUCGUCGUGA